UUUCAAACUUGAUCGUUAUUCAGUGUUGUAGAAGGAAGCGUGUUUUAACGAUUGCUAGUUGGCUAGUAUCAUUCCAGGCAGAAUUAGCUAGUUGCAGUUAACAUAAGGUUUUUAACAAACUAACUCCGUAACAUGUAGCUAUCUUGCUAGCUAUUAGCUGCUGCUGUUUGUUUAAUUUGAAAUGGCUGAAACGGAAAAUUCAACACGGAGAGGAUUUCUGGACUUCAGUCCAGUAAAGAGAGAAGACUCUAACAAGGAGAACGAUGUUCCCGUUUUGAUUUUGACCCUGUUUUCAAAGGCUCCUUUCCUGUCAUUUGGAACCGUAAAGUUGGGCACCUCCAAGUCUGUUGUUCUGCGUCUUGAGAACCCUACAGAAGAUGCCGAAGCGCAGGUUACUGUUGAAAAGGUCCCGUCAAGCAAAGGCUUCUCUGUGGACCACAACACGUUCACGAUACAGCCUGAGGACUCAUUCAAUUUGACAGUAACCUGGACUCCAACAGAAGAAGGGGGGAUCAGAGAGCUCGUCAUCUUUAACGCAAAUGGGAUCCUCAAACACCAGGCUGUACUGCUUGGGAGAGCAGAAGCACCCAAAAAGAAAAAGAAAAGCUUAUGGGACACAAUCAAAAACAAAAGGGAGGGUGAAAAAGUAGCAGUGCCCAGGAGAAAGAAACCCGAACAGCCGCUGAAGAUGGCUGCCAAUAAAACUUUCCAAGUGUCCCGAAAGUCACAGUACAAACGAGAAAAGCAACGCAGCCCACUUGCUUCUCUCAAUAAGGGCAAAGCUGUCAGAGAGAGGUCCCUUUCCAAGGACUCUCCUGUUGACGAUUACUCUCCGAAUGUAGAGGAGAGGAUGGUCUUGAGUUCCGCGCUGAGGCAACGAUCUCUGGGCUUGUCAGACCAGGAGAAUAUCCAUCACGUCCAGAGAAACUCUCCCCUUGCCCUGCUCCCACCAACUAUAGUGCUGACGGACUCUGGCAACAUGUCUGCAAGCCCAGAUGCUUUGGUAGGCAUUCUGGAAAACAAAGAUCUUGCCAAAAUGCUCAACCGGACGCUGUCACCUAUAGGGACACCAGAGAUGUUUAAGAAGCUCAUGCCGCGUAUUCAGUCAGAUAGCCCACUCUUUGCCACUGUGAAGUCAGUGGCUGAUGAUGCUGACCGUGUGUUGACUGGAACCCCGGUGCCAUCGCUGAAAGAUGCACUGGCCCUCAUUGACUCUGAUCUGAGCCACAUUAACACCAGUCCUCGAGACACGAGUUUGAGCGGUGGCUUUUCAGACUCGCUGGAAUCCAAGAGUGGGAGUCCCGGCUUUGGCACUGAAAUAAAUGCCCGUAAGGCAUUACCUGAGCCCAGUGAGCCAAGACUUACUUUCUUUGUCAGCAAAAAGGUUGCAAGUGAGAAUGUUGUUGUUUCCGAUUCCAAUAAUGCUGGGGUCAGAAAGGCCUCCUUUACCUCUGCCACAGUGACCAAGAGCAAAGCACCAGUGAAGGCAGACCUUUCAAGUGAGAGGAAAAUAAAGAAGUCAAGGCGAAGGCUCUUAGAAAAAACACUGGAGCUGUCUGACGGCGUCAUUCAGUGUGAGCCUGGACUAGGCACUCCCAACCUUCCUGUUAUAGACCCAGACAGAGAAACCAAGAACUGGGAAAGCUCAGAAGCUGCCAGCUCCCUGUGUGUUGAUAGACACCAUGCCCAGGAGUUUACCUCCUGCAGCCCAACUUUACAACUUGACAGCUCACCUACAACCAUCUUCUUCCCCGUCACCUCCCCUCCGUCCGUGGCCCCCGGUCGCUUCUCUUUCCCAGCCACUUCCUCACCUCAUGCAGCUCCUGCUUCCAUCGCUUUAACUGUCACCUCUCUGUCCCCCCUGGGCUCAUCUUCUCCACACAUGUCUCCAACUCUGACGGUACCUCCGUCCCCUCAGGAAGACUCCUUUCCAAUUCACAUGGCAGUGAAGAGCAAGAAGAGGAAGAGUGAGGAGUAUUUGAAAAGUGAUGCGAAGAUUGUGGAUGCUGGGAAGGCUGAGCGUGUCAAAAGGAGCAGAGGGGUAGCUGGAAAAACGGAGCCCCCAAGAUCGAUCCAGGAGAGGAGAAGUGCAUCACAGAGGCAACAGCCAAGAACAGCAGGCUCUGUGCGAUCAAUGACAACCUUAUCUCUAAGGACUGCAAGGUCUGUGGUUCCUGCCCAAGCAAAGCCAUCCAGCUCCAAGCUCUCCUCACGAGGUGCCCGGUCAGCUGUAGUUGCUGUAGCCCAGUCAAAGCUGACCUUCAUUAAGCCGGUGCAAACAGCCAUACCGAGGCACCCGAUGCCGUUUGCAGCCACCAACAUGUUCUAUGAUGAGAGGUGGAUUGAGAAGCAGCAGAGGGGUUUCACAUGGUGGAUCAAUUACGUUCUCACCCCAGAUGACUUUAAAGUCAACACUGAAGUCGCUCAUGUGAAUGCUGUGUCCCUCGCCAUGGGCAGUGAUGACAAGUACAGUGGGCCUAAAGCUCCCACCAAAGAGGAGAUGUCUUUCAGCACAUACACGGCCCGGCGGAAGCUGAACCGCCUCCGUCGUUCUGCCUGCCAGCUGUUCACUUCUGAGGCCAUGGUCAAGGCUAUUCAGAGGCUUGAACUGGAGGUGGAGGCCAAGAGGCUGCUCGUCCGUAAAGACCGCCAUCUUUGGAAGGACAUUGGUGAACGACGAAAAGUCCUCAACUGGCUUCUUUCAUACAAUCUGCUGUGGUUACGCAUUGGGCUUGAGACAAUCUACGGAGAGUUGAUCUCGCUGGAGAGCAACAGUGAUGCCUUAGGUCUGGCUAUGUUCAUCCUCCAGCGGCUGCUCUGGAACCCCGACAUCGCUGCUCAGUACAGACACGCCAAAGUGCCUAACCUAUACAAAGAUGGCCACGAGGAGGCACUGUCUCGCUUCACUCUGAAGAAGCUGCUCCUGCUGGUGUGUUUCCUGGACAAAUGCAAACAGUCCCGGCUGAUUGAGCACGACCCCUGUCUGUUCUGCUUGGACGCAGAGUUCAAGACAAGUAAAGACCUGCUCCUGGCCUUCUCGAGGGACUUCCUGAGUGGAGAGGGGAUCCUCCCCCGGCACCUCGGCUACCUGGGGUUACCCGUCUCCCACGCUCAGACGCCCCUGGACGAGUUCAACUUUGCUGUGAAGAAUCUGGCAGUUGACUUGAAAUGCGGCAUUCGUCUUGUGCGUGUGAUGGAGCUCCUCAUCCAGGAGUGGAGUUUGUCAGCCAAGCUCCGUCUGCCAGCCAUCAGCCGUCUGCAGAAGGUCCACAACGUAGACAUUGCUUUGCAAGUGCUCAAAAGUAAAGGGGUCGACCUCAAGGAUGAACACGGCUCCAUCAUCGAUUCCAGAGACAUUGUGGAUGGACACCGAGAGAAGACACUAAGCCUCUUGUGGAAAAUCAUCUUUGCGUUUCAUGUGGAGGUGAUUUUGGAGGAGGAUCAGCUGAGAGAGGAAAUUGGCUUCCUGAAGAAAACCUUGAGGACCAAACGGAGGCUGGCGUCUCUGAGGGCCGACCGGGGCCUUCAGCCAAGUCCCACAAAGACCAGGGUCCUGUAUGAACACAGCAGCACUAAGAUUACCCUGCUGAUGGACUGGGCCCGCGCUGUGUGUGACUUCUACAAUCUUAAGGUGGAGAACUUCACAGUGACGUUCUCGGAUGGCCGCGUCCUCUGCUACCUUAUCCACCACUACCACCCCUGUCUCCUCCCAGAGAGGGCUGUCAGUCACAGCACCACCCAGACUGUUGAGUGCUCACCGAGGGGUCGCCUUGAGCUCGACUGCUCAGCCAGCGACUCUGACAACUCCUUUGACUCUUUGCCGAAAGCCUUGAACGGCCCAGAUUCAGUGGAAUUUAAAGAGCUACUGGAGAAUGAGAAAAACAACUUCAGACUGGUCAACACGGCUGUGUCUUUCCUGGGUGGAGUUCCUGCCAUGAUCAACCCAGCUGACAUGUCCAACACGAUCCCCAAUGAGAAGGUUGUGAUGUCCUACCUGUCCUUCUUGUGUGCUCGUCUUCUGGACCUACGGAACGAAACCAGAGCAGCUCGGGUCAUACAGGGCGCCUGGAGGAGAUACAGAUUAAAGAAGGAUCUGCAGCUCUACAAGGAGAGAAACAAGGCCGCUGUGAAACUCCAGUUAGUUGUGAGGAGUUUUCUCCAGAAGCGCAGAGCUAAGAGGCAGAAUCAAGCUGCCGUUGUCAUCCAAUCAGUCUGGAGGUGUUAUGUAGCCCGCAACAGGUUGAGGCUAAAAAAACAGGCUAAACUUUGGGCUCUGCAGCAUGAAUCAGCAACUGUCAUCCAGGCUCAGUGGAGGAUGUUUUUGGCCAGGAGGGCUUACCAACUCCUUAGAUACUACGCCAUUGUUGUCCAAGCACAAUGGCGAAUGAAGAGGGCAUCCGCUGCUUAUGGAAGAAUCUAUUGGGCGGCAACUGUCAUUCAGAAGAACUCGCGAGCAUGGGCUCUGGCAAAAAGAGAUCGGGAACAUUAUCUCUCCCUUAGAGCAGCACUGGUGAAAAUACAAAGGGGGUACAGAAGAUGGAAAACCCAGAAAACAGAAACGGAAAACUGUGCUGCCAAAGUGAUACAAGCUGCAUUCAAGAAAUGGUAUGACGAGAAAAUGGCUAAAAGAACUGCUACCGCUUUGAGGAUUCAGUCCUGGUAUAGAAUGCAGAGGUGUGUCCAUCAAUACAGAAAGAUCCUGAAAAGCACUGUGCUCAUUCAAGCGCAGUACAGAGGUCAUGCACAGAGGCGCUGCUUUCAAAUGUUAAAACUGCAGCACCACUCAGCUAUUGACAUUCAGAGUGCGUUCAGAGGACAUGCUGUCAGAAAACAGGUGGCGAAGAUGAGAUGCGCUGUCGUCCUAAUCCAGCGCUGGUUCAGGGCCUCUGUAGAAAGAGACGUUGAAAGGCAAAUGUUUGUGAGGAUGAAAUGGGCUGCCAUUACCAUACAAGCAGCUUAUCGUGGAAAAAUGGCUCGGGAGUCACUCAAUAAACAGCACCAGGCAGCAACAGUAAUCCAGGCAGUUUUUCGGAAGUAUGCUGCCCAAAGGCGCUACCUUGUGCUGAGAAAAGCUGCAACUGUGAUACAACAAAGGUUCAGAGCCACAAUUUUGGCCCUUAAAACAAAACAGGAUUAUGAUGCUCUUAGGAAUGCUGCACUUGUCACACAAGCUAACUGGAGAGGCAGAGCCGACAGGAAGAGGAUAGGGAGGCAACAUCAGUGUGCUACACUGAUACAAGCUCACUACCGGGGGCACAAAGCACAAGCAGAAUACAGGUCCAAGAAGGCCUGUGCUGUUGUCAUACAGCGUCACUACAGAGCUUAUGUGGCAGGAAUAGAGAUGAGGAAAGUGUAUGAGCACUUAAGAGCAGCCUGUGUUACACUCCAAGCUGGAUUCAGAGGCAUGAGAGUUAGGACAGAGCUGAAGAAAAGUCACUGGGCAGCAACUGUUAUUCAGGCUUCAGUUAGGAUGUUUUUAUGUCGGAAACAAUAUUUCUUCCUACAAAGUGCAGUGAUUAUCAUCCAAAGCCGAUACAGAGCUCUUCUUCUCUGCAGGGCACAACAAAAAGAAUACAGAAAGCUAAAGCAGGCCGCCAUAAAGAUACAAGCUGUCUACCGGGGAUUUAGAGUGAGAGAUGACCUAAAGAAGAAGCACAACUCUGCAAGAGCAAUUCAAGCUCAGUUCAGGAUGCACAGAAUGCGUAUGGCUUACCUUGCCACCAAGUGUGCUGCCAUAAUUAUUCAGGAACGCUACAGGGCCAGAAUGCUCAGGGAUCAACAGUUGCAGAGUUACAGGACCAUGAAAUCUGCAGCUUUAGUCAUCCAGGCAGCAUAUCGUGGCCACGGGGCCAGGAGGAAGAUUGUAGAGAUGCACCGAGCUGCUACAAUCAUUCAGAGAAGGCUUCUCACCAUUCGGGAUAGAAACAUGUUCCUAGCUCUCAAGGCAGCUGCGUUGGUUUGUCAGCAGAGGUACAGAGCAGUAACUCUGGCAAGAAAAGAUCGUUUGGACUAUCUGUCAAAGUGCAGCGCAGUCAUUUGUCUGCAGGCAGCCUAUAGAGGAUGUAAAAUCAGAAAGCAGUUGCGCAUCCAGCACAUGGCAGCUGUAACAAUUCAGUCUCACUUCCGAAAGUACCAGCUGAGGACCUACUACUCAAAGCUUCACAGGACUGCCAGUAUUUUGCAAGCACGUUACAGAGCCAACAAGAAAAUGAGAGAGGAAAUGCAAGCCCUGCGUGCCAUGAGAUAUGCUGCUGUUGUCUUACAAGCUGCCUUCCGAGGAAUGAAAUCCCGUGAAAUUAUUAAACAAAGCCAUCAAGCUGCCCGUGUUAUUCAGAGAGGUUACAGAACAUACAGUGAACACAAACAGUAUCUGACUUUGAAAUCCUCCGUCAUCACCAUUCAGCGGAGGUAUCGGGCCACUGUAGCCGCAAAGGAGCAAAUGCAAAAAUACCAAAAAAUGCGCAGUGCUGCUGUUGUCCUCCAGGCAGCAUACAGAGGCCAGCAGGUCAGAAAGGAGGUUGCUCGAUGUCAUCAGGCUGCCACCGUGAUCCAGUCUGCAUUCAGAAAGCACAGAGAAGAGGUCAAAUUCCAGGCCAUGCGUCUUUCUGCCAUUAUCAUCCAGAGAUAUUAUCGUGCCUGUAUUCUUCAGAGGCAAGAAAGGGAAAGGUUCCUAAAAAUGAGACGUUUUGCCAUCAUUCUUCAGGCAGCUUUCAGAGGUCAUCAAGUGCGAAUCAACAUUGCCAAGAUGCACAUGGCAGCCACUGUCAUCCAAGCAAAUGUCAAGAGACAUAAACAGCAGUCAGCCUUCAGGAAGCAACGCUGGGCAGCCUUGGUCUUUCAGCAGAGGUUUAGAGCUCAGAGACAGAAAAAAAUUGAGGUAAAACAUUAUCAACAGCUCAGAAAAGCUGCUAGCACGUUACAGGUUGCAUAUCGUGCAAUGAAAUUAAGGCAGCACAUUAAACAAAGGCACCAGGCUGCCCAUGUUAUCCAGAGAGGUUACAGAACAUACAGUGAACACAAGCAGUAUCUGACUUUGAAAUCCUCCGUCAUCACCAUUCAGCGGAGGUAUCGGGCCACUGAAGUCGCAAAGGAGCAAAUGCAAAAUUACCAAAAAAUGCGCAGUGCUGCUGUUGUCCUCCAGGCAGCAUACAGAGGCCAGCAGGUCAGAAAGGAGGUCGCUCGAUGUCAUCAGGCUGCCACCAUGAUCCAGUCUGCAUUCAGAAAGCACAGAGAAGAGGUCAAAUUCCAGGCCAUGCGUCUUUCUGCCAUUAUCAUCCAGAGAUACUAUCGCGCCUGUAUACUUCAGAGGCAAGAAAGGGAAAGGUUCCUAAAAAUGAGACAUUCUGCCAUCAUUCUUCAGGCAGCUUUCAGAGGUCAUCGAGUGCGAACCAACAUUGCCAAGAUGCACAGGGCAGCUACUGUCAUCCAAGCAAAUGUCAAGAGACAUAAACAUCAGUCAGCCUUCAUGAAGCAACGCUGGGCAGCCUUGGUCUUACAGCAGAGGUUUAGAGCUCAGAGACAGAGAAAGAUUGCGGUAAAACAUUAUCAGGAGGGUAGGAAAGCGGUCAUCAAACUCCAAGCUGCUUUCCGUGGUAUGAAAUCCAGGAGAAUCCUCAAACAAAGGCAUCAUGCUGCCAGCGUUAUCCAGAGAGGUUACAGAGGCUUCUUUGAACGCAAGGAGUAUCUGAAAAUGAAAUUGUCUGUGCUUACGAUUCAGAAAAAAUAUCGGUCAACUGUUGCAGCUAAAGCACAAAGAAGUCAAUAUCUGGAAAUGCGCAGCGCAGCCAUCAUUGUCCAGGCAGCAUACAGAGGCCAGCAGGUCAGAAAGGAGGUUGCCCGUUGGCAACAGGCUGCCACCGUGAUCCAGUCUGCAUUCAGAAAGCACAGAGAGGAAGUCAAAUUCCAGGCCAUGCGCCUGUCCGCCAUUAUAAUCCAGAGAUACUGUCGCGCCUGUAUUCUUCAGAAACAAGAAAGAGAAAAGUUCCUUAAAAUAAAGCAAUCCACCAUCACCCUUCAGGCAGCAUUUAGGGGCUGGUGUGUCAGGAGGGACAUAAGCCAACAAAAUGAAGCUGCCAUUGUGAUACAGUCAUGCUGGAGAGGCUUAGUGCAGAGGCGCAUCUUCCAAAGAAAGCAUGAGACAACUGUGAAACUUCAGCGGAGGGUCCGGGCGUUGCAGCUCGGCAGGUUGGAGAGGAACAACUACACUCUAAUCAGGAAAGCUGCCAUUGCACUUCAGACACACUGCAGAGGCUGGAUUGCAAGACGACAGGUACUAGAAAGAGCCAAGGCAGAGAGCAGGCUCCGUUUUACAUCGGCCAUCUUCCACCAUCUCUGUGCCAUAAAGAUCCAGCGAGCUCUGAGAGCUCACUGGGCUUUGGAGUCGGCCAAAAGACAAAUCCAUUCUGUCAUCAGCUUACAGCGAUGGGUGAGAGCGAGGCAGCAGAGAAGACGGUAUCUGGAAGACAGGAGGAAGGUGGUCAUAGCUCAGAGAGCGGUCAAGCGCUGGUUAGCUCGUCGCCACAAGGUGGCGUCUGUCAUCCAACAAGCCGUCCGCAAAUUCCUCCUUCUCAGGCGCCAGAAGAGGGUUCAACAGGGUAUUGUAAAAGCUCAGGCUCUGUGGAGAGGACACUCCUCCCGUCAACUGAAUGACAAUGCCAAGGUGGUGAAGUUGAGACACCGCCUACGCAAAGUCUCUGCCGGCGUCAAAGAGGAGGACAAACUAUGCAACAAGACCUCGUCUGCUCUUGAAUACCUUCUUCGAUACAAACACUUCUCUUACAUCCUAGAGGCCCUGAGAAACCUGGAGACCAGCACCAGACUGUCCCCAGAGUGCUGUGAGCGUCUGGUAGAGAGCGGGGCCACCAACGUCAUCUUCACACUCAUCCGCUCCUGCAACAGGAGUGUCCCCUGCAUGGACAUCAUCACCUACUCUAUCCAGAUCCUGCUCAACCUCUCCAAGUACCACAAGACCAUUGAGGCGGUGUAUUUGGUGGAGAACUCUGUGGAGAUGCUACUGGACCUGCUGCAGAGAUACCGGGAGAAGGCUGGGGAUAAAGUGGCAGAAAAGGGCGGCAGCAUCUUCACCAAGGCCUGCUUCCUUCUUGCUCUCCUCCUGCAAGACAAGCACCGUGCUGUGGAGGUUAUGAAGCUACCCAAGGCCUUGGAUAGGAUACACAGUAUUUACCGCCUCACUGCUCGCAAAAACAAGAUGGACACCGAAAGAAAUGUUAUGAAACAGAAGAUGAAUGCAUCAGUCAAUGGGAGCUUCGCUGUUCCCGCAACACCUUGUAAAUCCCGCCCUGUGCCAAAAUUUGCACCAGAGUGGGUUCUCCGAAAGAACACACUCCGAGACAUCGUGGACCCUCUUCGGGCCAUUACACUGGUUGCUAACACACUCUCCAUUGUGUUGUAAAUGAAAACAUUUUCAAAACUUUCUUCUUAUCUCAAAUUUUUUUUUUUUUUACUUCAGAGAAUAUUUUACAAUGUAUUGUUUAAGGUUUUUUUAAAAAUCAUUUCCAUAUUUUUGUAUGUGUGUGUG